AUGUCUGCCGCUACUCUUUCUCGCACGCCGAUGAAGCGGGCUCUGGCCGAAACCACAAGCACCCGGCGAAACAUUACAGCAUCCCCUCGCUCACCGAAGAAGCGCAAGCUCGAUGAAUCACCUAUAGCAAGACUCAAGACACCCAGCAGAACUAAAGGUGGAAAUAGCGGUUCCAGUCAGCCGAAGAGUCAAUUCGAAGAGGUAUUGGAGAAGUUGACACAAGACAUCAACGGCCUGAAGCAGAGGAACUCAGAACGCGACCAGCAUUGGGGACGGCCUAGUCUGGACGACUUCGAUGAGCGGACCGAUCGCCUAUGUUUCCAACAGAUUGAAGCUGAGGAGGGGACUCUUCAUGGUGGAAAGACGACAGUUAGGCUCUUCGGCGUUACGGAGACUGGACAUUCGGUCCUCCUCCACGUCACGGAUUUCAUGCACUAUCUCUAUGUCGCCGCGCCCGUGUCAUUUGCGAAGAAUGACUGCGAUGGAUUCAAAGCCUACCUCGAGACUCAGAUAGGCCAGUAUCAACCUAUCAUUCACUCGGUCCAGAUGGUGUUGCGUGAGAACAUAUUCGGAUUUCAGGGAAACCAGAAGAGCCCCUAUCUGAAAAUCACCGUCGCCGAUCCGAAGCACAUCAACAAGCUGCGGACAGCGAUCGAGAGUGGCAACGCAAAUUACAAGGGCUUUUGGAAAGGAGCCGAUGGUGGCGUAUUGACGUUCGAUAGUAUACAAUAUGUAUUGCGGUUCAUGAUCGACUGCAAGAUUGCCGGCAUGUCCUGGGUCGAGGUCCCGCCGUCAAAGUAUCACAUGAUUCCUGAAAGAGACCGUCAAUCGAACUGCCAAAUCGAAGCCCAUGUACACUACCGAGAUCUUAUUGCACACCCGGUGGACGGCGAGUGGGCGAAGAUGGCGCCGUUGCGUAUCCUUUCCUUUGACAUCGAAUGCGCCGGCCGCAAAGGUAUCUUUCCCGAAGCGAACCAGGAUCCGGUGAUCCAGAUUGCGAACGUCGUUACUCGAUAUGGCGAAGAGAAGCCCUUCAUACGGAAUGUGUUCUGUCUGGACACCUGCAGCCUGAUCGUUAACACGCAAAUCCUGGAAUAUGAUGCGGAGGAAAAGCUGUUGAUGGGAUGGAGAGACUUUCUUGAAGAGGUGGAUCCGGAUGUAAUCAUCGGGUACAAUAUUGCCAACUUCGAUUUUCCAUACCUCCUCGAUCGCGCAAAGCAUUUGAAGUGCUCAAAGUUCCCCUACUGGACGCGGAUGAAGAACGUCUUGUCGCACGCCAAGGACACCAACUUCUCCAGCAAGCAGAUGGGUAGUCGAGAUACGAAGGCCACAAAUACGAAUGGCCGGCUGCAGCUGGAUCUUCUCCAGCUUGUGCAGCGAGAUCACCAACUUCGAAGCUACACGCUCAACUCUGUCUGCGCACACUUCCUGAACGAGCAGAAGGAGGAUGUUCAUCACACCAUGAUCACAGAGCUCUUCAAUGGCGACUCCGGGUCAAGGCGGCGUCUAGCUGUCUACUGUCUCAAGGAUGCGUACCUACCACAACGACUUAUGGACAAACUCAUGUGUCUCGUCAACUAUACCGAAAUGGCCAGAGUCACGGGUGUGCCCUUCAACUACCUACUUGCUCGAGGUCAGCAAGUCAAGUUCAUCAGCCAGCUCUUCCGCAAAGCCCUUGAGCAACAACUCGUCAUUCCGAAUCUCCGAACCGACAGCUCCGAGGAACAGUACGAAGGAGCUACAGUCAUCGAGCCGUCCCGUGGUUAUUAUGAUGUACCAAUCGCUACACUUGAUUUUGCAUCCCUAUACCCCAGUAUCAUUCAAGCGCACAACCUCUGCUACACAACGCUGCUCAACAAGACGGCUGUGGAUAAGCUCGGGCUGAAAAAGGAUGAAGACUACAUAGUCACGCCCAAUGGCGACAUGUUCUGCACAGCGAAAGUCCGCAAGGGACUUCUUUCUCAAAUUCUAGAGGAAUUGCUAGGCGCGAGAAAGCGAGCGAAGAGAGAGCUAGCAGUUGAGACCGACCCGUUCAAGAAGGCGGUACUGAACGGCCGUCAGUUAGCUCUGAAAAUUAGCGCAAACAGUGUAUACGGCAUCACUGGCGCCACCGUCGGAAAGCUGCCGUGUCUGGCUAUUGCCAGCAGUACCACCAGCUACGGUCGUCAAAUGAUUGAGCUGACCAAAGGGGAGGUCGAGAAGAAGUACACGAUCGUCAACGGCUACAGCCAUGAUGCGCAGGUUAUUUACGGCGACACUGAUUCCGUCAUGGUGAAGUUCGGGCCGAGUGAGCUGGAGAAGGCCAUGGAGCUUGGUCGAGAGGCAGCCCAAUACGUGUCCUCAAAAUUCAUCAAGCCGAUCAAGCUUGAGUUCGAAAAGGUCUACUUUCCGUACCUCCUCAUUAACAAGAAGCGAUACGCUGGGCUGUACUGGACGAAUCCGAAUAAGUGGGACAAAAUGGACUCUAAAGGUAUCGAGACGGUGCGCCGCGACAACUGCCGCCUGGUGCAAACGGUCAUCGAGACAUCUCUGCGCAUGCUUCUGAUCGACAGGGAUGUCAAUGGCGCCCAAGAGUUCGUUAAAGAGACCAUCUCCGACCUCCUGCAAAACAAAGUCGACAUGUCCAACCUCGUCAUCACGAAAGCCCUGGCUAAAUCCGACUACGCAGCGAAACAAGCGCACGUCGAGCUCGCCGAGCGCAUGAAGAAGCGCGACGCGGGCUCCGCGCCCGGCCUCGGCGACCGCGUCGCCUACGUGAUCGUCAAGAACGCCGCCGGCUCCAAGAACUACGAGAAAUCCGAAGACCCACUCUACGUCCUCGAGAACAAUCUCCCGAUCGAUACUAAGUACUAUCUCGACAACCAGCUCGCGAAGCCGUUGGAGCGCAUCUUCGAGCCCAUCCUCGGCCAGAAAAAAGCUUCGCAGCUGCUUACGGGUGAGCAUACACGGAGUAUAUCCGUCGCGGCGCCCACGAUGGGUGGCCUGAUGAAGUUUGCGCAAAAGACGUCGACAUGCAUGGGCUGCAAGAAGCCCAUGAGAUCCGCACAGGAGAAGGACGGCGCGGUGUGUGAGAACUGCCGUCCACGUUUCGGCGAACUGUACCAGAAGACGCUGGGCAAGGUCAGCGACCUGGAAGUUCGGUUCGCAAGACUGUGGACGCAGUGUCAGCGCUGUCAGGGAAGUGUGCAUAACGAGGUCAUCUGUAGCAGUAGGGAUUGUCCCAUCUUCUACAUGCGCAUGAAGGCGAAGAAGGAUGUUGAGGAUGCGGGGAAGGAGCUUGUCAGGUUCGAUAGAGAUGUCGCGCUUUGGUGA